AUGCCCCCCAAGAAAGGCAAAGGCACCGCCUCUCCGAAGUCCUGGCUUCCCCCUGCAGGAUAUACUCCUCGACAGACUCGUGGACAGACUCGGAAUCAACAACAGCAGCCCAACCUCUGGCAAGGACUCACUGAUAGAGGAGAGGCAUACGACGCCCAAGGCAACCAUGUCUUGGUGCGCCCGGUGCGCCAGCGUCGAGGGGGACAGCAGACGGCGGCGCCUCCUGCUGUACUAACUGGUCCGCCGCCUCCCCCGCCUCCUCCUGGACCACCUGCUCCGCCGCCGCCGCCGCCGCCGCCCACUGCUCCUGUCCUGCCACCAAUGCCUUCUCCCCAUGAUGCUGACUCUGGAGAUGAAUCUGAUGACGGAUCCGGUGGUGAGCCUGGGACCAAACCUGAUGAUGAAUCUGGCGGUGAAUCUGGCGAUGAACCUAACAACGAAUCUGGUGAAGAACCUGAGGUUGAGUCAGGUGAUGAAUCUGAAGAAGAAUCUCAGGCUAGAUCUGGCGAUGAAUCUGGCGAUGAACCUGAAGCUGGAUCAGGCGAUGAAUCUGUCGAGGAACCUGAGACGGAAUCAGAUAAUGAAUCUGGUGAUGAUACUGCAGGUCCUUCAUCGGAUCCCACGCCGCCAAAACGUCCUACGAGAACGCCCCUUCCGAAUGGAAGACCAACCAAAAUCAAGAUCAAUAUAAAAGCAACAAAACCACAGACGUCACCAGUUACAGAGAGCCAAGACAGCAAUGGUUCGGACUCUCCCGUUGGUCCAUCUGCAGACGAAUCCGACAGCGAUCCCGAAGCGCCUGAAGAGAGCUCCGAGCCUGAAGAGCCCGAAGAUGACGCCAGCCGUGACGACAAUGAGGAGCAGACCGACAACUCUCAAAGAAGUGAAGGCAGUGACCCAGAGGGUCCACAGGAUAGCGACCAUGGCACACCAGACGAAGCCACGCGGUCGAGAAGAUCAACUCCCGGGUCGGUCGGAGGAGACUCUGAGCAAAUGUCCACCCCCUCAAAGACACCUCAAGAGAGAAAGGGGUCGAAGAACGAGGACCCGAUUCAAGUAGGCAGCGAAGAAUCGGAGAGUAGCGAGGUUCCCCUUGAGCCACGGAGCGAAGACUCUCAACAAGACGAUGAACCGCAUCAACCCACUAUCGUCCACUAUGGCAGCGAUGACGAAACAGAAAUGUUAGUUCAUGAGAGGCCUGACCCAGACCAGACCUUCAACAAUGGAGAUGAUACUCUCAACUUGGAGGACUAUCCAAGCUCGGUUGGCGGAGAUCCCGACUGGAGAGGAGAGUAUGAUGGAAGCGAGGAUGACGGCGACGAUCGUUAUGAUACCCAAAGUGGCAGCGUCGGAGGUGCCUAUGAGGACAAUGAUAACAACGACGAUGAUUCUGAGGUCCACCUCCCCGACUACACGAUAUUUGAACCCGAUGAAACCGAGGGCCAGCCUGAGAUGGGCCGCGGACAAGGCAGCGAGUCGGAGCUUUCGAGGAAGUCCACGCCGGGCGGUGUCUCACCGGUCUUCCCUCGGAACGAUCGUUCGCCCAGUCGCUCUCCGGACCCAUCUGCUGGGGGACAGAAGCAGCCGCCAGGCUCGAAUGGCGGGCAAGGCUCUACAGCCCAGGGAAGUAAGAACGGGCAGUCGAGUAGCAGCAACAAGGGCUCGUCAAUAGGACGUGGAAACGGCUCUGCGGCAACGAAGAGGAAGAAUGCUACUGGGAAGAGGGGAAGGCCUGAAGAUGCCGCCGCAGACGACGAAGCCAGGCCACAGAAGCGACAAAGAGAGAACUCGCGCAGGGCUGCGGUGCCGACGGUGAGAAACGAGUUCCCUCGGACCCAAUAUCGCCAAAUAUGUCCUUACCCAAGCCCCCGGGAGUCACAACCUAAGGCUUCAGACAAGCGGGCAACAGCAAAAAGACCAAGCAGCUCGCUUGACGAAACAGUAGAGAAGCCUGCGAAGAAGACGAGACUGUUAUAA